AUGUACUGUGCUGAUAUUGCUCUCAGUGAUAUUUUAUCCAAGCACCGAUCAGCGCAUGCUGCUGACUCGACAGAGGUUCCUGUUCAACCUCUUUCAAAUGGCUCCGUACCACGCAAAUCCCGAGCCUGCAAUGCUUGCGCAAAAGCGAGAGAAAAGUGCACCAAGGAACUACCAUGUAUGCGAUGUUCUCGUAGGUUCCUGGAUUGUGUAUACCCGGGAAGCCAACAGCAAGAUAGCUUCGACCACCACUCUUUUGGAGAAAUCACCAGCACAUCGAAAUCACCCCAUGCCGAGAAUGUUUCUGUCGCCGAUCUAGUAUCCUCGGGUGCUCUACAAGAGAACUUACAAGACAUCAACGAUAAUGGCCAUAAUCUGACUGCCCUGAUGUUUGAUCAAACCCAUAGCCAGCCAGAUAAAGCUUCCGAUUCAUCCACUAGGCGGUAUACUACCGCAGGUCAGACUGCCCCAUGGACACCAAUAUCUGGCUCUCCAACCUCUGAUAAUCAACUUUCGAGCAUUUUAGCACCUGGCCAUUCUGGAUCUGCUCUGUGGCCAUUCCGGAAUGAUGGGCUUCAGUCGGGCGCAGAGGCCUUUGGCCAGCCAAUCAAUUGGCUACCCUUUGACGAAACGAUUGACCUGAAUUUAGGACCUACGCUAGACGGAACGGUUCUUCUUUCACCUUUUGACGAUGCGCAAUGGCUUUCCAUCAAUUCUAGCACUAUAGCGAAUGGAUUGCUGGAAGGGCAAUCAUGGAACUUGGACAUUCCCCCUCUAGCACAUAUCGAUGACAAGAUUUCCAACGGUGCUUCACGAAAUGCGUCCAUAGCCGACAUCUCCUCAGCAAAAGGCUCAUUUUUCUCGAGUUACAAACGGGGAGACUUAUAUGCAACAAGCUCUAACGGUGCGCGAAAUGCUUGUUCAACCCGUGCGAAGCGCGAUGAUCAAGAUUCUGAGCGCUCGGAAGAGCAGAUGACCGAUUUGCCAGGGUUACAGGCCCGAAUAUUGAAUCAUGUUGGGAUCUUUUAUUCCGAGUCCAAGGAGCCCAGUUCAGCUGUGAGAAGUAUGUGGAGCUUUACCCUGUCAUUAAUAAACUCGCAAAGCCAUAAACAUCUUCUGGAGUAUCGUGACCAUAAAGCGCUGAAGCCUAAUGGUUGGGACGAAUGGGUUGAGGCUGAAAGCUGGCGCCGUCUAUAUUUUACGGGCCGUGUUCUUAACUCUAUGAUGGCCUAUCACUUCAACUUUGAUAUCGAUCAAAGUGGUGGGGCCGCUGCCGACUUUGCCCUGCCUCAGGAAAAGUUAUGGCAGGCCCAGACUCGCCAUGACUGGUUCGGGUUAAUUACAAAAACAGAACGAAACCCAUCACUCUCCGAAGCUACAAACGAGCUAUUUCAAGCCAAGUCAGUUCGUCCCAAUCUUGGCGAGUUCUCACACUGUAUCAUUCUACACGAGGUAUAUAAUGAGAUUGCGAAAGUAACUACAUACCACAGUCGGCAGCUAGCAUCAUGGACUCCAACCUCCGAAAGCAGAAGCGUAUUCCCGGUGUCCUCCUCUGAAUCGUUGAACCUGAGGGUUCGGAAACUUACAGUCUUGGGCCAUUCUGUACAGCACUCGAAUGCUGUAUCCGACUGGAGAAAUGCCGCCCUUGAUGGUGUUGACGUUUUACACUGGGCCGCAAACGCAAAGAUAGCAUCCCUUUCCGGAGCGGAGCAUCCAAUGGUUCUACACCUUCACUACUCUCGAAUAGUGCUCCUCGUGCCACGUGUGGCAUUAAUAGCAAUUGGGGAAUCAGUGUUGCCAAUGUUAAAUGAUAAUGAGGCUGGUUUUCGACGUAGUCAUUCUCAAAAGGCGAUACAAGCGGCUGAGAAUAUCAUUCGUGAAUGGACACAAAGGGAUGGUUCUAAGGCCAGAUUAGCGGUCAUCCAUGGCGGCUGCGUCUUUUGGCACAUCCGACGAUAUUCAAGAGCAGCGUUUUACGAACCUCUUUCUAUUUUCUAUGCAACCUUGGCGCUCUGGGCAUAUGGAUUCUACACGCCCAGAAAGAAAAGCUCCGUAGGGUAUGGACCAACUAGUCCCCCGGGACGAAUCCCCUCUCACAACGGCAUUGUCUCCGGGGGGGAAGAGUUGGAUUGCGAUAGCCCGGAAUCAAGUGCACAGCCACCACUCAGGCAGCAUGCCCACUCGCGGGAUGGCGACCUCACAUUUAUACGUCUAGAUCGGCCGAAUGAUGACGAAAUGGUCCAAUUGUUUGUGAGUUCCAGUCAAACUUCAAGAAUGAGCGCCCUCGUAAGUGGGGUGGGUGACAUUUGUGGUCCCGAAGGCCCGGCCCUGGUUUUGAAGGAGGGCAGAGCCAUGUUGGGCGCUAUUCCGCAAACCUGGAUCCAAGGAAGCCAUUAUAUGGACAUACUCCUUGCUUUAGAAGUGGCAACGAGGAAUCGAUUAUCGAGGGGCUGA